UGUGAGCGUGAGACAGAAAGAACUAGAUGCUGUGUUUAACCAUGAAGAUGCCAAAAAAGUUUCUCUCUCUCUUUCGUAUCUUUGUGCUCUUAACUGGCUUCUCAAUUAUUUGCAUGGGAGCCUUUUGCAUUUCCACAGGCUCCUCUCUGUGCAGAUGUGGGAAUAAUCUGCCCGUUGCUUAUUCUCUGUUACCUUUGGGGUUCUUACUCCUUGUGACUGGGAUUUUCUGGAGCACGUACCAUGAAGUCAGAAAAAACAAAAACCUGUUCUAUAUUUUCCAGAGAAAUCCCAGCCAUAGAGAAAGGCACAUCAACACCAUAGACAGGCCUGAUUUCUACCCUCCGUGCUAUGAAGAUAGCACGGAUCCGGGAAAGCAGACUUUCCCAAUAUCACUCUCCCUUUCAGCAAGAGAGGAAGAGCUCUACAACAUCCCUCCACCACUGUAUACUGAAAGCAGCAUGGAAUUCAUAGAUGAAACCAGCCUUCAGGAGGAACAACCACCAUCAUAUGAAAUGUCUGUGCAGCAGCAGCAGCCAACAACCGAGCAUGACUCAAAUACAGAAGGAGUUUCAGGCACUUGUAUGCACCCAUGCCAGGAGUCAGUUGCUAAUAAUACGAACUGUGAAAGGACUUUAGAGGGACCAAAGCACGUCAGUUAUUCCGAGACAAAGUCAGUGAUUAAGACACUGAAUGUGCAAAGUGGUGUUGGAAAAGACAUGGGACAGUGCUAUAUAAUACUACUGUAUUAUACUAACGGGUGCAACAGUUGCCUGGGGACAGCAUUGACCACAAUCCAUUCAGGUGGCAUUAGAGAGGUUGUUUGA